CCAAAGGUCGCAGUGCUUCAGGUGUUGAGACAGGUGAUCCUCUUUGGGUGGAGCUGUGCGUCUUGGUGGUCACAGCGGAAGGCGGAGGUCCCGCAGUUUGCGUGAUAGCAACCAAGUCGUACCUCCCACGUCACUGCGAGCGAUCUACAGCCGAGUUCAAAGGACACCAGCCCUGCCCUUGAGUCUGCCAGCCAGAGCGGAGCUGUGUUCGUUAUCAGGUGGAGGUUCUGCUCGGAGUCGGCCACUGCAGCCUCGGUCAGCCUGGGAAACACUCUCUUCUGCUGGAGCUCGCCCACCGAACUCAGCCAAGAUGCCUAAAACGGUCAACGUCCGCGUCACCACCAUGGACGCAGAGCUGGAGUUUUCCUUCCACCCCAACACGACAGGGAAGCAGCUCUUUGACCAGGUUACCAGGACGAUCGGCCUGCGUGAGACUUGGUACUUCGGGCUGCAGUUCGUCGACGCCAAAGGAUUCCUCACGUGGCUGAACGCCGAGAAGAAGGUGAUGGCCCAGGACGUGAAGAAGGAGACUCCCCUGCAGUUCAAGCUGAGGGCCAAGUUCUACCCUGAGGACGUGGGCGAGGAGCUGAUCCAGGACGUCACCCGGAGGCUUUUCUUCCUGCAGGUGAAGGAGGACAUUCUGUCAGAGGAGAUCUACUGCCCUCCAGAGUCCGCUGUCCUGCUCGCCUCUUACGCCGUGCAGGCCAAGUACGGAGAGUACAAACGGACAGUGAACGAGCCAGGUUACCUGUCCUCCGAGCGCCUGCUGCCCAAGAGGGUGCUGGAACAACACAAGCUGUCCAAGGAGCAGUGGGAGGAGAGAAUCCAGGUUUGGCAUGAGGAGCACGGAGCCAUGCUGAAGGAGGAGGCCAUGCUCGAGUACCUGAAGAUUGCUCAGGAUCUGGAAAUGUACGGCGUCAACUACUUCGAGAUCAAGAACAAGAAGACCACAGACUUGUGGCUGGGAGUCGACGCUCUGGGACUGAACAUCUAUGAGAAGAAUGACAGGCUGACUCCAAAGAUCGGAUUCCCCUGGAGUGAAAUCAGAAACGUUUCUUUCAACGACAAGAAAUUCAUCAUCAAGCCCAUAGACAGGAAAGUUACUGAUUUCGUAAUCCUCGCUCCACGACUACGAGUCAACAAGCGCAUCCUGCAGCUUUGCAUUGGAAACCAUGAGCUGUACAUGCGCCGCCGCAAACCCGACAGCAUCGAGGUCCAGCAGAUGAAGGCUCAGGCCAGAGAGGAGAGGCUGCAGAAGAAGAUGGAGAGGGAUCAGCUGGAGAGCGAGAAGAAGAGGAGGGAGGCCAUCGAGAGAGAGAAGGAGAACAUGGAGCGAGAGAAGCAGGAGCUGAUGAUGAAGCUCUACCAGUUCGAAGAGACAACCAAGAGAGCAGAGAGAGAGCUUCAGGAGCAGCUGGACAGGGCCAUGAGGCUGGAGGAGGAGAGGAGGAGGGUGGAGCAGGAGGCGGCCCGGCUGGAGGCUGAGAGGAUGGAGGCCAUAAUAGCCAAGGAGGAGCUGGCCAGGCAAGCUGAGGACCAGAUAAAGAGCCAGGAGCAGCUGGCUGCAGAGUUGGCCGAGUACAGCAGCAAGAUCGCUUUGCUGGAGGAGGCCAAGAGAGAGAAGGAGGAAGAGGCUGAGUCAUGGCACAACAAGGCUAGGGAAGUGGAGGAGAAUCUGCUGAAGACAAAGGAGGAGCUGCAAAUUGUGAUGACCUCCACCACCUCUGCUCCUGCACCUCCUGCCGCUCCCGCCUCCUCCUCCUCCUCCUCUUCCUCCUCUGACAGCGAGAGCGACCACGAGCAGAGUGAGCACAGCGAGGAGAACAGCACCUACAGCGCCGAGCUGCAGACGCAGGGCAUCAACGACCACCGCCAAGAGGAGGAGCGAGUCACCGAGGCAGAGAAGAACGAGCGCCUGCAGAAGAAGCUUAUGGCCCUGAGCUCAGAGCUGGCACAAGCCCGAGACAACGACAAGAAAACCCACAACGAUACGCUCCACGCCGAGAACAUCCGAGCCGGCCGAGACAAGUACAAGACCCUCCGUCAGAUCCGUAUGGGCAACACCAAGCAGAGGAUCGAUGAGUUCGAGUCCUUGUAGAAACCUCAGGGACCUGAAGAUCUGUCAGAAAAAAAUACCUCAUGAAGGCCCCGUUCAGUUGUUUUUCAUGAUGUCAUUGCUGCCAUACCUGAUCAUAAAGACCCGGAGAAUCAUGGAGCCGACAAGUGUAAAAGUUCCUCCAUGAGUUUUAUUUAAUUGGUUUUAACUUUUGCUUGAAAGCACUGUUUUGUUUUGUUUUUCUUUGUAGCACUCAAACAUCUCCAAUGUGCUGUUUUAUUCCCAUUAAAACAUUAAAACACGA